CAACGCCCCUCACUCCGGUGAUGGCCAUCUUUGCAGAGCUGGUCCUGGCACUCCUCACCCUGAGGAUCUUCCUGAGUCCCCAGGGAGUAUGGGCCACCAAGGCUGACCACAUGGGCUCCUAUGGACCGGCCUUCUACCAGUCUUACGAUGCUUCUGGACAGUUCACACACGAGUUUGAUGGGGAACAAAUUUUCUCUGUGGAUCUGAAGAACGGGGAGGUGGUGUGGCGUCUGCCUGAGUUCGGGGACUUCCCACACUCGGACUUUCAGAGUGGGCUGGCCAGCAUCGCCAUGCUCGGGGCUCACCUGGACGUCUUGGUGGAACGCUCCAACCGAACCAGAGCCAUCAGUGUGCCUCCCAAGGUGACCGUACUCCCCAAGUCUCGUGUGGAGCUGGGAAAGCCCAACGUCCUCAUCUGCAUCGUGGACGAUUUCUUCCCCCCUGUGAUCCACGUCACCUGGUUGCGCAACAGCCAGCCCAUCACUAAGGGCGUGGCCCAGACCAGCUUCUACACCCAGCCGAACCACAGGUUCCGGAAGUUCCACUACCUGACCUUCGUGCCCUCGGCCGAGGACGUGUACGACUGCAGGGUGGAGCACUGGGGCCUGGACGGCCCGCUCCUCCAGCACUGGGAGCCCCAGGUGCUUACUCCUCCACCGGACACCGUGGAGACCCUGGUCUGUGGUCUGGGUCUGGCUCUCGGCCUUAUGGGCUUCCUCCUGGGCACCGUGCUCAUCAUCACACGCAGGCGCCUGCCCAGCGCCCGGAGGGCAGAGGCUGCCUUCAUCCUGCCCACUGCAGCGCCAGCCAUCCCUGCCUUCUGCUUACACAGCUUACACACUUACACCACUUACACAGCUGGGCUCUGA